AUGGCUAACGUACGGAGGGAGCUCACAUUUGCGGGAACGUUGCGUAAUUUAAACUUCAUAUGGCGCCUGAUGGGUAUUCCGCCGUGCGAGGAGUUCUAUCGAACGGGCCUAUUGCCCAUUCUGAAGCAGAACGCCGUGUUUCUUAUUUGGUUCGUUAUUCUCGUCUACACCACCGUCGGUGAGAUUAUCUACCUGUGGCAACUAUUCCUGCGCGAUACGUCCUUCCUGGAUAUUACAUUCCAGGCACCGUGCGUUGGCUACUGCAGCAUCGGUUUGUUGAAGAUGGUCGUGCUGGCCGUACGGCGCAAUGCGAUCGCCGAGCAUGUGGAACUAUUUCGCCUCAAAUGGAGCAAGGCGAUUGCAACCGACGAGCAUCGACGGUUGUGUGAGGAGACGAUGAUCCCAGCAAUUAGAAUUAUCACCCUGGCGGCAAUCGUAAACAUUGUGAUGGGAAACUCCUUUACGUUGCUGCCGCUGGCGGAGAUGAUCUACCAUUACUAUCACACUGGCGGAUCCCAACGGUUGCUUCCGUUCAACAUCUGGUGGCCAUUCGAUCCGUACGCUGGUGCAAAGUACUUCUAUCUCGUCUAUCCAAUGUACUUUAUUAUUAGUUUCUCGGCAGUCCUUAUCCAGAUGGCGUUCGAUUGCUUGUUCUGCAUCCUGGCGGCCCAUCUGUGUCUCCAUUUCCGCAUCCUGGAGCAUAACAUCUCUCAGGUGGUGUUGGCGCCCGGUAAGACGAGGAAACCGGAAUCAUCAUCCAACCGUCAACGGCUACAAGAUGCCAUCGAAACGCACCAGGAUCUCUUGGGCUGUAACCACUUUAUGCAGAAUGUGUUCAGCGUGGCGCUGUUCGUGAACUUCUUCGGCAGCUCAAUCAUCAUUUGCAUCCAGGCGUUCAUGAUAUCGACUGCAAAAGGGUACACGCUGGUGAAGUUCCUUCUUUUUAUGCUAUCCUUUCUGAUGGAGCUGCUAAUGCUGUGCGCGUACGGAGAGGACAUUGUACAAUCGAGUGGUGCCGUGGCCGAUGCAACGUACCAUUGCGUGUGGUACGGACAGCAGAAACCGUUCCGCACGUCGAUUUUGCAAAUCAUUCUCCGAAGCCAGAAACCGAUGAUACUGGUGGCCUGGAAGUUUUGGCCAAUCCGCAUCCAAACGUUCAGCAGCAUACUGCAAGCGUCCUGGUCCUACUUUACGCUCCUGCAGACGGUUUACAACGAGGAGUGAGCUCAUACGCGCUCAUCCGAGGCUUUGCCCUUUGACUCAUCACAAUCUGCGCGCACCUGAGCAACACGGAAUUGCGAAAGAUUGCACCACAGAACAGCCAAACGCGUCACGCAACACAGCAGCAGCUCGAGCACUAUACAGCGUCAAUCAGCUGUUUGGAACGG